UCCCCGUUUCCCUCCUCCCACUUUCACUCUCCCUCUUCCAUCGGUUCCUUGUUCCUUCUUCUUGUUAAUGGCAUCCGUUGCUACUGCUGGAAUCUCCAUCGCCCGCACUGGUUCUUCGUCGUCUUCGUUCUGGAUCCGCCAUAGAAAUCGUUCCAACAAGGAUCGGAGUUCUAGGAAUCGAGUUAGGGUUACGUGUUCUUCUUCUCUGCUCGAUCCUUAUCAGACUCUUCGGAUUCAACCUGGUGCCUCUGAAUCUGAGGUCAAAAAGGCCUUCCGACGCCUCGCUCUUCAGUAUCAUCCUGACGUUUGUAGAGGAAGUAAUUGUGGCGUGCAGUUUCAUCAAAUCAAUGAAGCUUACGAUAUUGUGAUGAACAACUUAAGAGGUAUAUCGACACCAAUAGAGACAUGUGAAUCGUGUGAGGAAGGGGUGGAUGAAGCGAUGAGAGGAAUGGAGGAUCCUGAUUGGGAGUUAUGGGAAGAAUGGAUGGGAUGGGAAGGAGCAGGAAUUCGGGAUUAUUCCUCGCAUAUCAAUCCCUACAUUUAGAAGAAAAUUAAGUAGCAUUUGUGAAUAGAAGAACCGUCGUUAAAUCUGUCAACAUCGGCCAUUGUAAUGGGGAAGGGCCCAGGGAAGACUGGAAAAUCUCUUCCCUGUUUUCAAAUGUUUUUGUACAUAAGGUCAAUAGAGCGGGCCUUCGGCUUUUAAUAAUGUGGAAAGGCUCUAAGAUGCCCUAUCAUAGUUGUGGUGGGGCAUUUGUGUUUCA